AUGAUUCUAAGUACUGCCUUGCAGUCGGUUCCCAUUGGGUUUCGAGGUCUCUUUCACGUUGAAGAGCUCGACAUGGACUCUGGCGUCUCCAUCCUUGUACGAUUCAGAACGCCGACAACCAAGCGCUUCAUCACGGCGACAUCCCACCCGCACGUGACGCGUCAGAAAGCAGCCAAGCUCGCCAAGAAGAGCGAUGGGAUAAAGUAUUUGACGACCUCCAUCAAAACAGUCAAAAAGUCCUGGGAAUCUGGAAAUCCGAUCUCCCGGCACGAAAUUUACGUGCGGAUGAUCCAACAAUUUGGAAGUAUGGAAGAAGGAGCAGCGCAAAGCGAAUUUUGCACGGUGAUGAAGCUCAACGAUGGCGGAAUAUCACCUGCGCUUGCUCAAUGGGUCUGUCGCAGGCUUGAAGGUGCCAACUGGAGCAUUCGGAAGGAGAGUAUUUAUCAAGUUUCCCCCAGAGACACCGAGUUCGUGGUUCCAACAGGAAAUAAGCGAGUGGGCUCAAAUGUGGCUUCAGACGCCAAAAAGGGGUGCACUGAGAUGGUUUCUGCGGAAAUGUAUUCCUCCAUGAUUCUCCCUCCCUUCGUUGUGAUGACGGCAACACACAAUGGCACCCUUGCGCGCCGUUUUUCUACGUGGCGUCAGGAUGGCGGUGAUGCCAGCGUCAACUUUCAGCCCUCGCAUUGGAUGGACAUUCCUACCGCAAAAAAGUAUGUCGACUUCCUGGUUAGUCUGUUUCCAGGUCAAAAGAUUGGUCUUAUGUGGGAUGCCGCCUCAGCUCACACGUGCCAGGAAGUGAUCGAUUAUUUGGACGCAAAGGGACUCAUGCACGAGUUUAUUCCGGUUGGCUUGACGCCCAUAAUGCAGAUCGGUGAGCUUUACGCCAACAGGCCUCUCAAAGUGGCCAUCAAGAAGAAAUUUCUACAGUGGAAGGUCUCGCAAACGAUUCCAGCCGGAGGUAAGUACAAAGUGGAUCGGGUGCAAAUGAUCCACUGGAUCGAAGAGGCUGUGUCUAUGGUGAACGAGCAGCAGACCUCGGCGCGAAAGCCCGACAAUCAGCUUUUCCAAGAGCACAUGGGUCAGCUGCAAGACAACGAGGUUUACAGCUCUCUCAUCCUGAACCAGACAGCUGAAAGCCUUGAGUAG